AUGGUUAUCCAAGCUGCUGGUUUUUUUGGUUUAAAAAUAAAUGUUGAUAAAACUAAGUUGAUGACAUCAUUAUACCCCCCUUCAAAUAUGAAUCUAACGAUACAAGGGAGAAAAAUAGUAGAAGUUCAACAAUUAAAAUAUCUAGUAGUGAUACUGGAUAGAAAAGGAAAUACUAAACUAGACUUAAUAGCCAAAUUAAAUAAAGGCAGAAUGAAAUAUAGAUCUUUAAUGAAAAUAUGGAGUUCUAAUCAAAUAUCAAUUCCUUUAAAGAUUCGAUUAUUUAAAAUUCUAAUAUUCUCCUCUCUAUUUUAUGGUAUAGAAACCUGGAAAGAUACUAAACAAGAAAGUAAAAAGAUGCAAACUUUCGUUAACAAAUGUCUUAGGUAUAUAACCAAAAAAUUCUAUCCUUAUAAUACUACGAACUAUAAUCUUUGGUCCAGAUGCGACACCUUCCCUAUAUAUAGACUGGGUGAAUAUAGAAAAAUCGAAGUAUUAGGGCAUAUUCUCAGACAAGCCCCAAACAACCUAGUUUAUCAAGCUCUUUUUAUUACCCCUUUGGAUGAGUCAUCGCAUAGUUGGUUUGGGAGAUUAAAUCGAUCAUUAUCGGGAAUAGGUUUAUCUUGGGAUUUUAUACAACGUGCUUCUUCUGAUAGGAAAACUUACAAAAUUGUACUAAGACUUAUCUAUGAACACUUGACGAAUAACUGCUGA